AUGUUCCAGUCAGUAAAGGCUCCCCAGCCAGCCAACACUGGAUUUAAUUUAGUUGAAAGUAGCUGAGCGGAACCUAUCUGAAAAAAAAAUUGGGUUCCUGAGGACAUUAACACAAGAAAACAUCAGCUGUUCAGAACUGCAUGCCUACUGACCUGCUUCAUUUACUUAAUUUCUCCUGGUGUGGCACAGGUAUACACAUUUCCAGACAAAAUGGCUUACUAUGGUCUGCAAAUAGCCGGACUGAUACUAGGAGGCAUCGGCAUGGUGGGGACAGUGGCGGUCACUGUCAUGCCCCAGUGGAGAGUUUCUGCCUUCAUCGGAAGCAACAUUGUGGUUUUUGAAAACCUCUGGGAAGGGCUGUGGAUGAGUUGCAUGAGACAUGCUAACAUCAGGAUGCAGUGUAAAAUAUAUGACUCCCUGCUGGCUCUCACUCCAGACCUGCAGGCCUCCCGGGGACUGAUGUGUGCAGCCUCCGUGCUAUCCUUCUUCGCUUUCAUGAUCGCCAUCCUUGGAAUGAAAUGUGUCAUAUGCACUGGGAACGAUGAACAAGCCAAGAGUUUUAUUUUGCUGACGGCUGGAAUCCUCUUCAUCCUCACAGGCAUUGUUGUUCUGGUCCCGGUGUGCUGGGUCGCCAAUGAGAUCAUCAGAGACUUCUACAACCCAGUAGUGAAUACAGCUCAAAAACGCGAGCUAGGAGAAGCCCUCUACCUAGGCUGGAUUACAGCACUGCUCCUCAUCGCCGCAGGGACAAUGUUCUGCUGCGUUUUUUGUUGUAAGGAGAAAGGCAAUCACUACAGAUACUCGAUCCCAUCGUAUCACACAGCCCACAGAAGUUAUCACUCAGGGAAGAAAACGCCAAGUGUGUAUUCCAAAAGUCAGUAUGUCUAACGGCUUAUGGUUUUAUUUUGGUUUCCCUCGUCGGUUGCUGUGAAUGGACAAAACUGUCUACUCAGAAGGAUAAAUAGAAUCAAAGGAGUGUUGCUUUAUUAUUCUUUACUACCAAACAUUGAUUUCACAAGCCAAACAUUAGAUUGUCUUUGCUAGCCCAAUGGUGACAGAGUGCAGUAAAUUAUUUCAAAGUAGACAUACUCUAACUAUUUAAGGAAAUAUAGUAAGUAGCUUCUUUUUAAAAAGCUUAAGGCAUUCAUAUUUUUUUCAGUUAUUUCAAAUAACUUUGUUCAAGAUUACAUUAUUUUGGUUCUGACUUAAUUAUGAUGUAGUGCUUUCUGAGUAUGUGAGCAUAGCAUAUCUCACAUAAGUAAGAAAAAUCUGUUACUGUUUUAUUGAAAAUAAAAUAUUAAUUCAUCAGUAUGAAUAACUUAAACUCAAUUUUCAGAGAAAUAGAGGGCAAGAUUGAGGUUCUGACUUAAUUAUGAUGUAGUGUCUUAUGAGUAGGUGAGCAUAGCAUAUCUCACAUAAGUAGGAAAAUUCUGUUAUUGUUUUAUUGAAAAUAAAAUAUUAAUUCAUCAGUGUGAAUAACUUAAACUCAAUUUUCAGAGAAAUAGAGGGUAAGAUUGAGGUUCUGACUUAAUUAUAACGUAGUGUUUUAUGAGUAGGUGAGCAUAGCAUAUCUCACAUAAGUAGGAAAAUUCUGUUACUGUUUUAUUGAAAAUAAAAUAUUAAUUCAUCAGUGUAAAUAACUUAAACUCAAUUUUCAGAGAAAUAGAGGGUAAGAUUGAGGUUCUGACUUAAUUAUGAUGUAGUGUUUUAUGAGUAGGUGAGCAUAGCAUAUAUCCCAUAAGCAGAAAAAUUCUGUUAUUGUUUUAUUGAAAAUAAACUAUUAAUUCAUGACCAUGAAUAAAUAAAACUCAAUUUUCAGAAAAAUAGAGAGUAAGACUGAGGAAGGUUAAUAUUUAUUGUUUAAAACUUUUUAUAGAUGAAUACACUGAAAUUAAAAUGAAGGCUAAAAUGGUUUGAUCACUAGUGUAAAGGAGAGUAAUGGCUUUAUAAUAUCACCUUUUUUUCAGUCUAGUUGGGUCUUGUAUGUUAACAUCUUUUAAGCUAAAGAAUACCACUUUUGGUGUCCUGCCCUGCAGCAAACUUCAUGGAGACUCCCCGAAAGGAACAUAGGACUUCUAAGGACAGGAAUUGGGAAGUACCCCUUUGCUACAAGUAUUAAUUACACAUGUAACUUAAUGCCCACUCCCUUUGUGGAAUUUUUAUGAAUUUGUGGGAUAGAAUGCUAUAGAGUAUGCUUUGGCAGUGGGAGGGAAGGGAAUGUUCUGAAACUUUGGAUUCAGGCAACUUUGAAACUUCAGAAUUGGUAGGGAUUUCAGGGAUGCCAGGCCAAAGCACAUCUGAAUAAGCAUUGUGUCUACAGCCUCUCCCAACAAGUAAUGAUACAGCCUUUAGGGACUUCCAGUGAGAGAGGUACCACUAUCUUUCAUAGCAUCCUUUUACUUGUUUGGAUAGCUCUUGUUAUUAAAAGCUUUUCUUUUUUCAUGGGUGGACUGGUCCAAGUCAGGUACUUGAAGCAUGUACAGAUAUUCUCUGCCCAGUUUCUGUCCAAGCAACUGUGUGGAAACUUGGGGGGAGCUAGUUUCUGGCCGGGGGUAAAUAAGGAGCUGGUCCUGUGUGAUGAGAAGGAACCAUUCCAGUGUCUUUGCCAGGAAAACCCAAAACGGGGUCAUGGAGAGUCGGACACAACUGAAAAUGACCAAACAACAACACUGUAUGAUGAUAAAAAGGCUUCUAAUUGUCUGUGGCGCUAGAACUGAUUACUUAGGACUUGCUGCGCUAGAAUUGAGAGAGUAUCCGAAAGGAGCUACCCAUGACUUCAUCACUCUGCAUUUUGAGGAGACAGGACUGCUUUGAAUUGCCUCCCCAGAGCCAGGUCGGGAAAGGGCCAAAGGCUGCUGUGAGUACAUGACUGCUUCUGUCUUCUUUGUGUUUGCUCCCUUAUGAAGUGACUGAGUAGCAGCUAUGAGCUGGAUGUGCUUAGGGAGCAGCCUUGUGGGUGCUGCAAGUCUGAAGAGAUUUGCAAGGAGGCAGCUGGCACCUUCUCUUCCCUCCAAAGCUCAAGAAUAAGCAGGGGAGAGAGUAGCAGCAACAGCACAGCAGCCUGGGCCAGCAGUAACCGAGUGGCUCAGCCUAGUAAUCAAUCCCCCCAUCCAGCAAACAUGUCAUUCCUUGAAAGGAACCAGCCCAACUGAGCAGCGCAGGAACUUAUCCAUCACCACAUGUCCUGCCCUGCAGCAAACUUCAUGGACACUCCCGAAAGGAACAUAGGACUUCUAAGGACUGGAAUUUGCCACAAAUAUUAUUUACAUGUGUAACUUAAGUUAAUGCCCACUCCCUUCGUGGAAUUUUUAUGAAUUUGUGGGAGAGAAUGCUUUGGUGUAUGCUUUGGCAGUGAGAGGGGAGGGAAUGUUCUGAAUCAACUGUCCUUUUUAGUAAAUCCCUUAUCUAGAAGCUAAUGGAGUCAACUGAUUGAUUAUUGAUUGGGAGCACAGUAAUGGGGGCUCAAGAAUGAGGGUAUUAAAACCUCACCCCUAGAUCACAGAGUAACAGGGCCUUCAGGGGGACUGGCCUCUCAGUAUAGAUGUGAGUUGGGGAAAUAGCCCUGGAAGGGAUGUUUUACUUUACAAUGGAAUGAAAUGUGAUUCUUCUAAUGUUGCUGUGCUUAGAUGAAGCAAAAGAAAACUCUUCCAUGUUACAACCUUUCUAUUCCUCGAAGGCAGGUAUUCAGCUCCCCCCGUGUAUUCUCCAUGCUAAAUAUCCCCUAUGGAUCUGACUGGUCCUUGUGUAACAUGGCCUUGAGGCCCUUUGGAUGCUCCCAGAUUUAUCAAUGUCUUUACUUAUAUGCGGUUCCCAGAACUGAACACGGGAAGGCACGCCUGGCCAUAAGAAAAAAUUAUUCUCCAAGAGACUUGAACCCUUCAGGAAAGUACACUGUCUUCAUCUAGAUUUUUAUAAAUGAGCAGGAAGGAUAUGUUAAACACAGGGCUUUAUGUCUGUUGAUGUUUUAAUAACUAUUUACUCAGGCACUGGACAUUUAACAACCGUGAAUACCUGAAGAACAAAAAGCACCAAACAGACUUCACUUUUUAUUGCUCUGAGCUUCUUUGUAAACCCUACGUUCCGGUAAAUGCUAUGCUGGCUUGCGGUGGCCAUUUCAGUUUUGUACAAAUGAAGAUUUUUAAACUUUGCCUCGUUUUCGUUUGGCAAAACAGAACUAAAUACAAAAAGACCAUUGCCCUCUCCUAAGGCGAAAGACCUACUAAGUGCAAAAGGCCCAUUGCCCCCUCUGAAGACAAAAAGACCUACUAUGUGCAAAAGACCAUCAUCCUCUCUGUCAUUUGGUAGUUUGUGGUAAAAUGUGAACGUGAACCCCCACAGUAUAGCAUGUGGCUAUGUAUGUAUUUGAUUGACAUGCUUUAUAAAUAUUACAAAUGUUUAUGCAAAUGCA